UUAUUAUAUAAUAUAAUAGAAUGAAUGAACGGAAAAAAAUUUUUUGGUUUGCAAUUAUUAGUAGGAUAAUAGUUUUAAAUUUACAAUUUAUUUUUAAUUUUUUAUUUCCUGAUCAUAAUGCAGAUGCAUUUAAAAGUCCUAUUGAUAAUUCUGAACAAAUUUCAUCAUAUGACAAUAUAAUUAUAUUUUUAUUUAAUGGACUUACACGAUGGGAUGGUCAAUAUUUUUUGCAUAUUGCAAAAUAUGGUUAUACAUAUGAAAACACUUUGGCUUUUUAUCCAUUGUAUCCUAUGUUAAUUCGAAUUACUUCUGUUUCCAUAAGAAAAAUAUUUUUUAAAUUAAAUGUUCAUAGUUCUAUCCUUAUUGCAGCUGUAUUAAUUAAUAUUAUAUGUUUUGUAAAGUCUGCUGUUAUAUUUUAUGAUCUUAGUAAAAUAAUAUUAAAGACAACAAAUGUAGCUUAUAUAGCAGCAAUAUUAUAUUGUAUAAAUCCAGCUACUAUAUUUUUUUCAGCUGUUUAUUCAGAAUCUUUAUUUGCAUAUUUAACAUUUUCCAGUAUGUUAAGAUCCAUUAAAUUAGAUCCAUAUGUAUCAAUUCCAAUAGGUUUGUCCAUUCUUACAAGAUCAAAUGGUAUGGUUAAUGUUGGCUUUCCUAUAUAUUAUCAAUUGAAAAAAUUAUUUUAUAAUUAUACGAUAAAAGAUACAAAUUUUUCAUUUAAAAUAUUUUAUCAAUUUAUUUUUAAAAUAAUUAUUUUAAAAAAUUUUUGCUUAAUAUUUAAUACAAUUAUUAUAUCAAUAAUUCCAUUUAUUUUGUUACAAAUAUAUAAUUAUGUUAUGUUUUGUAUUCCUAAUCAAAUAUUUAUUCCUGAACAUAUUGUUAAUUUCAGUAUAAUAAAUAAUUUAGUAUUACCUGGUAAUAAUAAUGAAUGGUGUUACUUUAAAGUUCCACUUGCAUAUUCUUAUGUACAAAAAAAAUAUUGGAAUAUAGGAUUUUUGAAUUAUUAUGAGAUAAAACAAAUACCAAAUUUUAUUUUAGCAUUUCCAAUAUUGUAUAUCAUGAUUAAAUGUAUAAAAGAAUUUUUUUUUGAACACAAAAAGUAUUUUUAUACAUUAGGAUUUAUUAAAAAUAUUGAAUAUAAUAUAAAAAUUGAAAAAAAACAAUAUCCGAUUAAAAUGUUAGUAUUUAUUAUUCAUGGUUUAUUUCUAACAAUUUUUUGUAUUCUAUUUGUACAUAUUCAAGUAAGUACCCGUUUAAUAAGCUCAGCAAGUCCAUUAAUAUAUUGGUAUUGUGCUUUAUCAAUAUAUAAUACAUUUGAUGAUAAUGAUGAUAAUAAUAUAUAUAAUAAUAAAGAAAAUAAAUUUUCUAAAUGGAAUAUAUUUCUUUUAUUAAAAAAGAAAUAUACUUUAAGAGAAAAACUUAUAUUUUCUUAUUUCUUAGGAUAUACAAUUUUAGGAUGUUUCAUGUUUUCAAAUUUUUUACCAUGGACAUAA